GGGUCAAGGUCGAGGACAAGGCGAAGAUAAUGCUGAGGGGUGUAAAGAUCAGCUGAUCUCGUACCACUGUUGUAGGUGUCAGUGAUGGAGAUGGAUGUCGGUUUUCUUCUCGCCUUUGUGGUUCUACUUUGCUUGGGAGCUAGCACACAAGGUGAUGCUGAUAGCUUUACCGUCACCGUCAACACCAACGGUAGUUACAGCAUCGCCGUCCAGGGAAAUAUCUGGCUCAAAAGUGCUCCGACUUUCGUCAGAGUCAACGAGCAGAUUUACAGCACCGCAGAUGGCUCCUUGAAGCUUCUACAGACCACUGGAACAUCUGGUACCGACUUCAUCGGGAAAUGGCAGUCCACUAACUUCCUCUACCAAGCCGACACGUGUCGCUUCUUAGCCAGCAUUUACGUCUACACGCCAGACCCAAGUAUCUUCUCAUAUAACAAUCCUCCUGAACAAUUUCUGCUCUUUAAACAGACCUACUUAACCCAAACGAACGCCACAAUGGCACCAACAGUUGAUGAAACAAUAGCUGGCUUCCCCGGGUUUGUUGUGGAGGAGGCGUCUGUCCCGCUUGGCUACUUGUCCUACGGAGGGGACAUGUACGGCGACACCGGCAAAGCUUUCGGACAAUUUGGUCCAAAAAUGAAGAUUACGUCCGGCAUCCGAAGUGGUCCCCUGUCUAUUUUUGACCGCGUCAAGACAGCCAACACCCUCAUCCUGUCUCCUGCCAGUACCUUCAUGUCUGCCAAUCUCUGGCAACAGACUACCAGCACCGGAAGCAACCUCUACUGGGGCAUCAUGGGCGGCGUCUCUGACAUGGUUCCUGAGUUUGAAACCAGUACUAUUCUCUUCUACAGCAACCAAGGUAUAAACAAGGGAUUCGUCAGCUGGGGACAGAUUCUGCAGAAAAUGUACGGAAGAGACAACAGUUUGGUCAAGUCAGAUUUCACAAACAACUAUCUCGGGUACUGGACAGACAACGGUGCAUAUUACUACUACAAAACUGAACCUGAGAAGAAUUAUCAGGACACUAUACUGGACAUCGCUAGUCUCAUCAACGAUACAGGUAUACCCUUCAGGUACCUGCAGUUCGACUCCUGGUGGUACUACAAAGGUGCAGGGAACGGCGUGAAGACAUGGGAGAGCACCCCUGAAGUUUUCCCAAACGGCAUGCAGUGGCUGUACAAUAAAACUGGACUCCCAAUUUCAGCCCAUAACAGAUACUGGUCAAGCGACACAACAUAUGCAAAACAGAAUGGUGGCAAAUAUCUUUUCCUCGUUGAAAAUGACAAAGCCCUUCCUAUUGACCAGACAUUCUGGGACGACCUUCUCUCCAAUGGUCGGAAAUGGGGUCUGAUGACGUAUGAACAGGACUGGCUAAAUGUCGAGUUUGCCGGAGUUCCGUCUCUCACUGAAGAUGUCUACCUGGCAGAGACGUGGCUCAACCAGAUGGGACGGGGAGCUGCCAAGAAUGGUCUGACCAUCCAGUACUGCAUGGCCAACAGUCGACACAUUCUCCAAGGGAUUACUUUACCUGCCGUAACACAGGCUAGAGCCAGCGAUGACUACCAUCCCGGAACCCAACAAUGGCGGAUUGGCGUUUCAUCUGUGUUUGCCUGGGCUAUCGGCAUCGCUCCUUUCAAAGACAACUUCUGGACCACGACUGUUCAACCUGGUACCUCUUACAAAGGGGCAACAGAGCCGUACACGGAGCUGAACGCCCUGGUGGCCACCCUCAGCACAGGGCCUGUCGGACCAAGUGACAUGAUCGGCAAAUUCAACAAGACAAUCAUUAUGAAGAGCGUGAAUUCUGAGGGACUGAUCCUGAAGCCAUCGAGACCCGCCACAGCUAUUGACAACAUGAUCAGGAGGCUGGCAUGGAACGAUUUUGAAGGCCCAGAUGGGGAAGUAUGGUCGACGUAUUCUGACUUUGGUGGAAGCAACAAAUAUGGCAUAGUGCUUGCUGCAGACCUCCACGGGAACUACACCAUGACGCCAUGCAUGGCUGGGUUCCAAGGGUUCCCCAAGUCUAUGGUGUUCCCUGCUAAAGACCCCAACAAGGUCCAACUGCUGACAGACCCCCAGCCUCUCCAGAUGAGUGGCUGUACCAUGGUGGACUUCUGUCUGUACUAUGUCUCGCCCGUUGUAACAUUUCAAGGACAUCAGGUCCUGAUUCAAGGAGAACUUGAUAAGUGGGUGCCGAUGUCCCCACAGAGAGUUGUUGACAUCAACGUUGACAGCAACGACAUCAACGUCCGUAUUACAGGAGGCGCCUUAGAAGAGGUCAAAUUCUGGUUCAACACUGAUGGCGUGUCAAAAAGUGUUACAUGCUAUCUCGGCAACACUGGGGAUGCUUCUAUAAGUUACAAAAAAGGGGGCUGUCAGUAUGACUAAGACACGCAACACGCUGCGGAGAUAUUGUUCUGUUGGCAUUUAAUAUAAAGGAUAUAGUUAUAAAGGGACACUGUCGUGAUACAUUAUAUUCUCCUUUGUAUCUAAUUAUGUACACGGUGUUUGCCUUGGGAUGAUCAUGUAUGUCAAAUAAAUAAUAAUGCAUUUA